AUGGUCGCUUCGAUCGAAUCGCUGCCGUCAGAGCUGCUGAGACAGAUCAUCAUCGAGUUACUACACGACAUUAGAGAACCUCAUCGCUUCUACAAAGCUAGGUUGAUUCCGCUUGCAUCAACGAGCCGGGUGCUUCGUUUGGCCUCUGUCGAAUUCCUCUACUGGUCCAUAGACCUAUUCGAGGCCUCAUUCGGUCUGAAUCAUCGUGUCCUUAAAUCUUCAGACGCAUUACGACGAUUCAAUCAACUGAUUGAUACGCAUAUUGGUUUCGUUCGGAACGGUGUGCGACGUCUCCUCGUUCGGGACAGGGAUGGUACAGCCUCAGGAGAUCUUUGGAGCAUAGUACACAAGUUGGGAAAUCUACGAUCUCUUCAUCUCGAUGGGCACUUCAAAAGACCCCAGUUUCCAUCAGCACUGGAAGUUCUCUUGAAGGAUGACUCGAGGAUAUCAAAAACCUUGUGUAAUCUAACGCUUCUAGGCCUAGACUCUGAAUCUCUGGCACUUGAAUUCUUCUUCAGGCCUGGAGUAUUUACGAACCUGACACGGUUGGAGUAUCAUGAUACUUAUAUGUAUCCAAACACUGAGAUCGAUGGUGCCACAAGACACGGGCCUAUGCCCACUUCACCAUUCGCCAGACUUCGAACCUGUGCCUUUCCGAGUCUUUUGAUCUUCGUCUUCACCCAUCUUUCACAGCCAGAGACACUUUUCGCCACGGUUGUGUCGUUUAUCCAAUCACAUGCACAAUCCCUACAGCGACUUGCAGUGAUAGACAAGCAAGCCGUCUAUGGAGUGCAUCGUAGACCCUCUCCCCACCAGCUUUUAUGGACAAUGCUGCCGGAGAUGAAGCAGCUAAGGCUCCUGGGUGUUUCCGUUGGGACUGGUGGUCCAACUCACCGCCUGCGACUACCAAAGCUGCAUGGACUCUUCAUUCAACACGAUCCCAGGCAAAUUUUCAUAACUGGGAUGUCAACAGAGGAAGGAAAUUCGCUUUCACGACUGUGUGACAUGCUCGGGUGCCCCAACAUUAUAUUUGGGGACGAGGUGAACAAUGGCCAAUGGGUCGCCCUCAAGUUGACCCAAUACAUUGGCUCAUCUUACCUGUUGGAAUGGGUACAGAACCACCAACUGCCGACUGCAAAAACGGUCGGCAGGCUCAAUAGUGGAGCGAUUAUAGCGUGGGAUGUGACCAAUACCAUCGAAAAAGGGCCGGUUCAGUUAAUGGGUACAAGUCUACAUGAAGUAUUGGCCGAGGUCGGACGGUGGAGUUUUGGGGAGGAUGCAGAUAAGAAUGAACCCUUUAGAGAGGAACACAGUUGA